CAUGGCAUGGAAAAACAGUGCCCUUCAUCAAUAUAGUGGAUUCAAGAUACAGAAUAUUGUAGGCAUAAAAUAAAUUAAUAAAAAUCCAUUUUCAUUUAGAAAAAUAGCAACACGCGGAAGAUUUCGGCAGGGUGAAAAUGUGCGAAAAGAAGAAUGUUGAAAGAAAAAUAAGAAGCCGAUUGUCACGUCUUGUCUUAGGUGAAAAUAGGCUCAUUACCGUAAAACGGUCUAAUUAGUAAAGUGCUCAGCUCUAUGUAUGAAUAACGAUUAGUCAGAAAAAUUCGGUGUAGUCGACAUUCGUCUCAUUGUUUUGUUUCUCAAUCGUUUCAAUUUGUGCGCGGCUUUUUAUGUUUUUGUCUUCGCACAUGCUAACAACGCGUGUAAACAAUAGAGUUAAAAUAAUAGUAGUUGUUAUUCGAAACAGUUGUUACAAUCGGUAUUCACAUUAAUGUACUGAUAUUUGAAAACUAUACCACAGUUUUAGUGUCAACAUCAGUUUUUAUUCAAGUUUCCUCGAGCAAAAAUGGAUAUGAAUACAGAUGGCUUUGUGGUGCCGAACAUGCAAGCAUGGUUUCGGCAGAACAGUUUCAUGUGCACACCGGACAAUGGACUACUCUACCAGUCACGGGCUGACAUAAACUACAUUGCUCCACUGGUCAACGGACAGCUUCCUAAGGUUCGCAUCAUCAACGCUAAAACAACAAUCAAAGCGCUCGCUUGCUCUCCAGAUUGGACAGAGGGCCGAGAGUUCGCCACCUAUGAUGAUCAACACGCGAUCCAAGUUUGGGAUCUUGACAAGGGAGAAUCGGUGAAAGGUCACAAAGGACACCAGCACUGGGUGUCCUCGCGUUCGGAGAAAAACAUCGAGGUUAACUCUGCUAUUUGCUACACCCACGCACAGAAAAUAGUUUCGGUUGAUCAUUCGGUUUUGAUUGUAUAUUGCCUGGUCACCAACAGCUACAAGACAUACGCCGAUUUCUUUCGCGAGAAUUCCGUAAUCGUAGUUCUUUCACCGUGCCCGUACGAACGAGACAUUUUUGCAGCCGGAUUAAAAAACGGCUUAAUUAAGAUUGUCUCCCUACAUAAAAUGACAGUAUUGUACAAUUUGCGCGGACACGAUAAGGAAAUUGUUUCACUGGAUUGGAUGAAGGUGAGUGUGCUAUCGAAGCCACCCGCGGAAAACUGGAGAAGAGAGGAGCGGCCGAAGAAAGAAGCUCGCAAGAAGAGAGACAAGAAAGUGGAAGAAAGUCCAAAACCAACAGACACAUCCACGCCGGCGGUCGACACUUCAGACAUAUUCGACAUUUACGAGUACAACGAGCAGGAAGAAGAAUUCGGAACAAUAGUGGAUCGGACUACCUCAACAUUCGAUCAGAGAGAUCGUUACCGGGAAAACAUACACACAACGGAGGGCUUUAAUUUUUUGGAAGCUUGCCAGAAUUUGAAGGAGGACAUAAUCAAAGCCAAACAGGAAGAUGAGGCGGCGGAAGAUGAAAGCGGUCAACCCGCGGAUGAUGAAACGGAAGGAGCGCACGCUUUGAAUACGGACGACGAAAACGAACUGGACGAGGCGGAAAAGUUGAGAGAUUUUAUUAUCGUUGAUGGCGAAGGAAAAGAGAAACGCAAAAGUGGCUCGGAAGAGGAAUCGGAGGAAGAACAGAAGGAGGAAGGAACGCCUCGGAUUGUACUGGCGAGUAGCAGCCGGGAGAACAUUAUUCACUUUUGGAACUACUACUCUGGAGUGUCCAUCGAUAAGGUGUCUCUUCCGAACAGCAAUGUGAGCAAACGCCUGUGUCCGGGGACAUUUAUUACGGCGGUGUGGUUGAAUGAGUCGAAAAUUGUAGCCAAUAGUAUUACAGGAAACGUUUUCGAGUGGAAGGUUUCGUUCUACUUUCAAGGGCCGUCAAUCAGAAUGAAAGCAACUCGAAGUCUAAAGCACUAUCCCGUAGAUGCAGCGAUUUAUGUUGUGCGGGCCAUGGGCCCCAUUGCCGAUUAUGAUCCGAAAGUGAGAUACAUUUGGUGUCAGUCACUCAAUCGGAAAUUUUUGGCUGUUUCCACAUCGGAGAAGCCGGAAAUCGUAGCAGAUUUGGCCUGCCUUGCUAUUGGAAAUACGUGCGUGGUUGAAAACCCUAUGGAAUCGACCGUGUUGGCAAUUGGUUGUACCGAUCGAAGACUGGUUACGCUGAACCUUGCAAGCAUGGCUUACAACGAGGUUACCGGUGUGCCUUUCAUGAACAAAGUAAGCAGUAAAGUUACUGCGCUCGAUUGGCACCCGGAACGGGAGAAUAUAAUUGCGUUCGGAACUUCCGAAGGUAGAGUGGGCAUGCUCGAUACGAACAACCAAAUAAACGUGCCGGUACUGUUACCCUCCUUUCUUUCGACUGACGUGUACAGUCUGAAGUGGAGUGAGAUUACCGAUGAUAUGCGGGUACGGCAGACGGUGCUGUUCGCAACCGGCAAGGCCAAGAUGGCGUACUAUAAGAUGAAGCCGGGAAAGCAUGAGAUGAUCGAGAUGCAUCAGUGCGGCAUGGUUUCGAGUGUGUCGGCUUCGGAGCAGUACCUGUUUGUUGGCACCCAGGAUGGCUUUGUGUACGUCAACGAUCUCAGCAAGAAUCUCGCACAGUUGUACCGCCGCAGCAUCACCCGUCGCUACAUCACCUCGAUGCAGUUUAAGGACAAUAUUUUGGCCGUUGCAUCGAAUGAAAACAGUAUUAGGCUUAUCGAUUUCAGUAGUACGAUUGACGAUAACGUUGACGACAACAUCAGGCUGCUGGAUGGCCACAGUAAAGGCGUUUGCUGCCUACGGUGGGGUUACGGUGAUAGCAAACUUCUGGUGUCGGGUGGCUUUGACAGCAGUGUCCGCGUGUGGGACACGAUCAACCGCAGUUGUAUAGCGGUAUACAACAGUGUUGAUUCCGUGUAUUGCGCCAUAUUUUCGCCGAUCAAUGAAAACAUCAUCAUUUUGACCGGCAAGGGAACAACGUUGGCGUUCAUUGACUACACAAAGCAUCCUCCGUUGGAUAAAUCUACAGUAAAGAAGCCAAAGCAACCGCAAUGGGGGGUUAAUUCCGAGGGCGCGGCCAGCAAAAAGAAAGGCAGAGAUAGAACACGCAUUACUAAAUGUACUGAACAACUCGACUCACUUCGACUUUCAGGCGAAGCUGCAGAAGAGAAGGUUGAACCGACCACACGUUCUGAAGAAAGUAAGGAAGAAGAAGAAAAGUUCGAGAAGACUGACGCACAGGUAGACGAGCUGGCCGAUCAGUUGAAGCAGGUUAAGUUCAAAGAAAUCAAGCCAAUUCAACUGAAGAGCAAUGUUCCGACGACGUUUCAUUUGUCGAAUCGAGAGAUUAACAAACCUAUCGAUGUGCUCGAAUGCAUCAUAAGAGUGGCUAAUUUCAAAGAGCCAGACGACGACGAAGAUCAGGUUGAUGAAGAUGGCGACGCAUCCGAGAAAGUGGAACCAAAGUCUGAUGAACCGAAGUAUUUUAACGAGAAGUUGUUCACCUCAGAGAAGAACCUACGGGACUUGAUAGCGGAGGAAACUAAAAAUCAUCACGAUGGUCGAACUUCAUCGAUAGGGACGAUUCUGUUGCCUCAGAUCGGAUUUAGAUUGAAGGAAGAGAUCGUCGAAAGGAUUGCGUCCAGAACGCUUACGGAUCAGCUCGUGGCACUAGCUCCGUCAAUUUCCUAUGAAUUUUGGCGCAAAUGUUGCGAAGCCUACGGAUAUCAAUUCCUGGAGAAACAAUACGCGCUUGCGUCAAUUCCAUACUUCUUGGCUAGUCAUAAGAUAACCGAAGCCAUUGAUUACCUAUGCAAGCACAAGUUCUUCCGCGAGGCGUGGGCCAUCUGCAAACUACGCAAAGACAGUGACGAUCCAAUUCGCGCACAGGUGUCCACCGAGUGGGCACAGUAUUUGGAAACUGUCGGUAACCUUGAGGGAGCUGCCCUCGUUUGGACUGCGGCAAAACAAUACAAAAACGCUAUUGCAGCUCUAUCCAAGCGAAAGGAAAUAACCGAACAUAUGCAACGUGCCAUAGAUGAACUGAACGCGAAGCUACAAGAAGCUGCUGAGUGACCUGAAAUUUUUGUUCUGUUUUACGUUUUUAUUUGAUCAACUUUUGAUGCCUGCCCACUGAUAUUACCGGGUACCAUCUGAAUAAAUAUUCUUGAACUCAA